AUGGUCAUGGGAACCUGUUUAAGCACAAAGAGAAUAAGAAGAAGUCCGCUGCAAGAAGAAGAGGAAGAUGGAGACAGAUCCGAAGAAAAGAAGAAGAAGAAGAAGAAUAGAAAAAGAAGAGGUGACAAGAGAGAGAGCACCAUGAACCUUCACCUUAUCCACAUGCCAUACCGCAAGAGGAAGCCUCCAAUAGAGAUAGAGGAAAUAAGAAAUCUUCUCAGAUGGCAAUGGAGAAAGCAUAUAUGGAAUUGGAAUUAUAGAAGGAGAAUUCUGAAACUUGAGGGAGAAGCCGCCUGUUGA